UGAGCCUGUAAAGUCGAUCGAGUCUUCCCCAGCUCUCUCGCUCCCGGACGGAGACGUUGCACGUCACCGGGGGGGUCACCGACUUCCAUGUGAAUCGACGGCGCACGUACCGGGCUCGGAGCGGGUGGCCGCGACUAAGGUGCAGGUCUUCUCCGAAUAUCCCGGUAAAAGUCGGUUGCUCGUUGCCGUCUCAGAACGCCGUAAACCUGCGGUAGCGAAUAUGAAAAUAACAAAAUCCACCGUUGUCCUCCUGGUCUUCGUGCUGAUGCUGUCCAUCUUUGUGGCGAAUGUAGCUGAUCUUAUCAAUGUCGACUCUCAUCUGCAGGACGAAUCCUUACAAGAGUCGAAUGAGGAGACUUACCGGUCCAGACCAAAAUAUUACGACAUAGGAAAGUCGUAUGACCACUUGAUGUGGUUUCUACAGAUAUCUGACAUACAUAUAAGUAUCUUUCAAGAUUCGUCUAGGAUAUCGGAACUGAAGAAAUUCUGCAAUGUGACGGUAAAUGCGAUUAAGCCUGUGAUUGUCCUUGCUUCAGGAGACUUGACUGAUGCCAAAGCUAAAGAUAAGAUGGGCUCCAAGCAGAUACUUGCAGAAUGGCAGUAUUAUAAAUAUGUGAUAGACGAGACCAAUAUCAAGGAGAGAACAUUGUGGUUGGAUGUUAGGGGAAACCAUGAUAACUUUAACGUGGUCAGUCUUAACUCCAAGAACAAUUAUUACUCCAAUUACUCCGUUCAGGGGAAGAAGCAUCCCAGAUCUUACAUAUACAAUGUUGUCGUUGGUUCUGAAACGUACUCCUUCAUCGCGAUUGAUGCUUGCUUGAAGCCAGGCCCCAAGAGACCGUUUAAUUUCGUGGGUGUUCUGGAUCAACGCGAGAUCAGUAAGAUACAACAAUUGGUCAAUCAGUCCAGGGAUAUCAGUGCGGAUUAUAUAAUCUGGUUUGGUCAUUAUCCCACGUCAUGCAUAUUGUCACAAUCUGAUAUCGGUAUCAGAAAUAUUCUAGGCAGACACAAAGAAAGUAUGGUGUAUCUGUGCGGCCAUUACCACACACUGGGUGGUAUGGUACCCAACAUGUACACGUUGCAACAGGCGGGCUUCCUUGAGCUGGAACUGGCAGAUUGGAAAGACAAUAGAAUGUACCGCCUCGCAGCAGUAGAUCAUGGCCAAUUCUCAUUCAUUGAUGUAAAGCAUAAUGACUGGCCUGUAGCAUUAAUCACCAAUCCGAAACACGCGUUGUACAUGAUGCCGCGAAGGGAGAAUUUGAAAUCCAUUAUCGCGUCCACGCACAUCAGAGUGCUGGCGUUUUCGACAGCUCCUUUGAAGACUGUUGAGAUCCAAUUGGGCAACGGUGUCUGGCAAGUGUGCGAUCAUGUGAAGGGACCUCUUUACGUGUUACCGUGGAACACGACGAUGUACAGGAACGGUAUUCAUCACAUUACAGUACGCGUGGUCGACGAGGAAGACAGAGAGAAAAUCGUGUCGCAACCGUUUUCUCUCGAUGGUUCGCGGCUGUCGUUCCGCAUUUUGCCCCGAUUGGUGCUCAUGUUCGACGUCAGUCACAUUUUUCAGUUCCUAUUCUGCACUGUAUUGGCAUUGCUAGUAGCGCCGCUGUGCUUACUCCGCUUUCUUCAUAUACUCUGCGAAAAUAAGUAUAUUCAUCGGCCGCGGCUGCCCAUCAGAUUCUUUCAUUGGUGGCUGAGGAAACUGUGGAUACUGUCCACUAUCGAUAGAUUAUUCUUCCCGUUGGUGCUGUACUCCUUGUAUCUGGCUGUCGGCCCCUGGACAGUGGGGGAGGUAAUUGAGGAUCACAUAGGCGUAAUCUUCGCGUGGGGCACGUUCGUCGGGAAUGCGUAUCUACCGGGCGCUUUCACCUACGCUUACGGAUUCUUCCAAUUAUUUUCCUUCCACCUGCCGCUCAUGCUGAUCUUGGCGCAUCAAGUCGAUCGUAGGCUGCAGGAUGUCGAGAAUUCGGUGAGGCAGCCGUUGUCGAAAUUGCGACUGGUCUGGCGACAUUUGCCGUUCGCGCUGUUAAUCGCGAUGCAAACCGCGAUGGCCUAUUUCUUCUGGCUGGCGUACGGCACACUAGCUACAGUACUGUGCCCACUGCGCACCUGGAGCAUCCUUCUGGCCCUGAUACUGUGUUAUCGGGUCAACACGAUGCCACUGUCGUGCUUGAGGUCCGUCGCGUUACUCUGGUCACCUCGUGUGAUACACACCACCGAUCUCAUCGUGACGCAAACCUCCAACACUAACAAUGCAAUUUAAUGAGAAGUAAUAGCAGAAUAAUUGUACAGUCGGCGGAAAUGUUUAAGCUAAUGUUUAAAAAAAAAGCGUUUAACACGAGAUAGAUUUGCAGGAGUGUUGAGUUAGAUUCUUUUAUAAUAUAUUUCACACCUCUCGAGUAUAGGGGAGUCGUGAAAUCAGGAAGCUAACUGGGAUAACCAGUUCAUCUUAAAGGAAGCAAUCAAAUAUAUAUUUUUACCUCUUGAUGUCUCAAUGAACCUUGAAAUAUCGUUUGCAUUUCUGUGACGAAGCCAGUGUUCCUUUGACACGUGCCACAUUAUGUUCGACAACAUGUAUCCGCGCAUCGCGCCACAUGUCACGUACGUUUCAAAAUUUUCAUUUACCGAGAUUACGUGUAUAUAUACUUUAAAAGUACAACAUAUAUAUUUAUAUAUAUAUAUAUACUCUUCCAAAGCGGGUAUUACAAUGUGAUAAUUAUUAUUGACAUAAUUUUUUUCAUCAUUAACGGCCGCUACUUUUACUUCCAUACAUAAUAUACAUAGUCCAAAUUCGAGAGUUCCUCUUCAGAAAGAUUAAUCUUAUUUUUAUUCUUUUUAUAAUAAGAAAUCUCGAAUAAAAGAGAGGGAGAGAGAGAGAAAGAGCUGCGUUGAGAGGGAGGGGCAGAGGAAUAGAAGUAAAGAGAAUAUUUAUGUGUUAGAGAUGUUGCUACGUAUUUACACCUCUGUUACGCUUUAUCUCUUUGCUGUGAAGCUAAACUAAACUGUUAGAGAGAUAUAUCGAAGAACGAAGAAUGUGAUAUUUUACGAUUUAGAAGACAGACCUUCGAGAUGCAGAAUUAUAACUUUUAGUACUCCCGUUCAGAACUUUCAGCUGAAUGUCCCGAGCACUUCCCUGUGACAUAUAUAUUUUUCUAUUUCUAUAUUCAAAGAUCCGCGCAUAUUCUUUUCACAAUAAUAGGUUUAGGUACUUCUGAGGACGACGACAUCUCACCGGAGAUUUACUUAUAUGUUAAAUGUUUUUACUGUAACACACACAUCACACAAAGAUAGCCAAGCCGUGCAUGAACGGCACGUAGAAUUCGUUAGAGACUGUCCUACUGUUCGACACACCUGUCGUACGAAGAGUACAUCAAUUUACUGACAAUCAUAUGAGCCAAAACUCUGCGCUCUAAACACAGCAAUUAGAUUCGAAGUGUUUGGUGCCACUGUGACAUUAAACGUAAACCUAGCGAAAAGGGAUUGGCUAUCUUUGGGCGUAGAGCGCUAAAAGGAAUCCAGUGAAAGUAACAUUGUUGUAUUAAAAUGCGAUUAUGUGCCGCGAUCAAAACACAAUAUUACGAAUAGUAUUCGGUAGAUAUGUGUAAAGAAAAAAACAAAAUAUAGGUCACACACAAUUGAGUCAAAAUUAAAGAUCCUUCGAGAGAUGUGUGAAGAUGUUGCGUAUGUGUACUAAUAAAUGUAAAUAUGAUCAGUAAAGAAGAUCUUUGUUUUUUUCUUCAUCGGUGGGAGAUUGAUGUUUAUUGUAUGAAAUUAAACUGACGUUUGACUUGUCGUCAAAUUAUGCAAUUUGCAAAUAAAAGUGCGGCCUGAUUCGCUGCCGUCAUGCUAAUU